UACUUCUCUGUAAGGCCCCAGCUAAAGGAGCACCGAACACCUUUCUUUCGUGCACUGACAUCCUUAUACGUAGCAGGACCUGGGACUGGUGACAUUUCACUCUGGUAUAUUGUACCCUUUCGACACCCAGGCUGAGUACUACAUUAUGUUCGCGAGAACGAGGUUCAAGCACACGGCGAGGACACUCGCCGCAGGCAUACGUGGCAGGACGUUCGUGCCUGCGCGCGCCGCGUCCACAAAGGCGGCGCGCAAGCCUGCGGCAGGCCCGCUCGCCGCCGCGGCCCUCGUGGGCGGCGCACUCGUCGCCGGAUACCUCAGCUACGCGUCUGCACGGCCCGUCGCGCUCGACGCACCCACGGCGGCCGGGGGCAGCAACAGCGCCACCACCGCCACCACCGCGGCGGCGCGGUACAUCUCCUACGCGGAGGUGCAGCAGCACAACACGCGUGAGAGUUGCUGGGUCGUCAUUGACGGGCAAGUGUACGACGCGACGUCGGUGCUGGCGUGGCACCCCGCCGGUGCGGAGGUCAUCCUCAGGCUCGCAGGCCAGGACGCCACGAAGGCGUUCGUCCCGAUCCACCCGCCGAAUGUGCUCGCGCACCUCCCGCCGGAGGCGCAUCUCGGGCCCGUGGACCCCGAGACGCUCCCGGCAGAGGCGUUCGAGGCGACGGAGGAAGAGCUCCGCAUCGCGCACGCCCGCGCGGAGCUCCCUGAGCCAAGCGCGGCGCUCAACCUGCACGACAUCGAGGAGUAUGCGCAGAAGGUGCUCACGCAGACGGCGUGGGGCUACUACCGCUCGACGGGCGACGACGAAUACUCGUACUGGGAAAACUUCGCCGCUUUCAAGCGGUUCUGGUUCCGUCCACGCGUGCUGAACAAGAUCUCGAAGGUCUCGACGGAGACGACCAUGUGGGGCAUGAAGAGCUCGCUCCCGAUCUUCGUCGCCCCCGCGGCACUCGCGCGGCUCGGCCAUCCCGACGGCGAGAUGAACCUCGUGCGCGCGGCGGGCUCGGAGGGCAUCCUGCAAGGGAUCUCGAACAACGCGAGCUGCUCGGUCGAGGAGAUCAUGUCUGUAAAGCGGCCGGAGCAGGACCUAAUUUUCCAGCUAUACAUGAACAGGGAUCGCAAGGCCGCGGAGCAGCUGAUACGGGGCCUCGAGAAGGACGGCUACAAGGCGAUCAUACUCACCGUCGACGCCCCGGUGCCGGGAAAUCGGGAGAUCGACCGGAGAGCGAAGGGCUUCACUGUUGGGCCUGCACACGGAAAGACAGGCGUCGAGGGUAAAGGCGUCGCUCUCGCAAUUGGGGGCUACCAAGAUCCUGACGUUUGCUGGGAAGAUAUCCCGUGGAUACAAAGCCUAACUCAACUUCCGCUGAUCAUCAAGGGCAUCCAGUGUAUCGAGGAUGCGGAGAAGGCGUUCCAGAGUGGUGUGCAAAGCAUCAUACUGUCGAACCAUGGUGGUCGGGAACUAGACUUUUCGCCGUCGCCGAUGAUGCUCCUGUAUGAGAUCCAUCAAAAGAGGCCAGACUUGCUCCGGAAGCACGAAGUGUACAUUGAUGGCGGUGUACGGAGAGGCACGGAUGUACUGAAGGCGCUGUGCCUCGGUGCUCGCGGAGUCGGGCUCGGCCGUCCAUUCUUGUGGGGCAACGGGGUGUGGGGCGAAGAAGGGUGCCGUCGGGUCAUAGAAAUCAUGCGAGAGGAAAUCGCGACGGGGAUGCGUCUUUUGGGAGUUACGAGCAUAGACCAGCUGACACCGGAGUUGGUGCAGUAUGUGGACCGGGACCCUGUGCGCUGUCGAUAAUCAGUUACGUGGCACGCUUACUCUGGGGACCUGCUCGAUAUGAGAGAGUGUGCUUGAGUGCUUUGCCAACGCGUUCUGUGGACGUCUUCGGACACGAGGCUAGCGGGCGACUGUGGUUAUCUGGACGAUCCGAAGUCGGUGAACUCGAUCGUAUCUCCAGCAGAUGUUGACCCUUGUGAAAUUACCCUCGCUGGUGUCGCACGUUGGUUGCGUAUUUGCGAAGGCGACGAGCACGUGUAACGGUGUGAGGACGUCGUUGCCGUCAGCCGCGGCGCCAUCGAGAACAUGGCAUGGGUUUCAAGGAGACAAACGUUGGAAGGGCGUCCCGGGGCCGUCUCCGGGUGGAUCCUCAGCUAUAAUCCAUCAUGAGACCUUGACCGACACAGC